ACUGUGCACGCUUCUCUCUGCAUUCGUCCCUCUGCAACACAGCUCUGUUGAUCUUCUCUCCUCAACUCUGCUUAGAAGAAACAGCCAUGUCUCGGCAGUCAAUCUGUAGAAGCUUUGGAGGCGGAAGCAGAGGGGGAUACAGCUCUUGCUCUGCCAUUGGUGGUGGCUUUGGAGGAAGUGGGGGCGGAAGCAGGAUCAGUUAUAGCUCGUUCUCCACAUCCAGGGGAACUGGAGGCAGCGGACGUUGUGGAGGUUUUAGCAGCAGGAGCCUCCAUAACAUAGGUGGAAGUGGAAGGAUUUCCAUGGGUGGCUCUUAUGGCAGUGGAUAUGGAUGUAGAAUUGGUGGCUUUGGUGGAGGCUAUGGAGGAGGAAUUGGCAGCUUUGGAGGAGGUGUCAUUGGUGGAGGAAUAGGCAGCUUUGGUGGCUCUGUGAGAGGUGGGCCUGGGUUCCCUGCAGGCAUUCAACCAGUGCAGGUUGACCCAACCCUCCUGAGGCCAGUCCACGUUGAGAUUGAUCCUCAGAUCCAACAAGUGAAGUCCCAGGAGAAGGAACAGAUCAAGACACUUAACAAUCAGUUUGCCUCUUUCAUUGACAAGGUUCGCUUCCUGGAGCAACAGAACAAGGUCCUCUCCACCAAGUGGGAGCUCCUGCAACAGCAAGGGCCUUCUGGGCCAAGGAAGAACCUCGAUGCCCUCUUGGAAAAUUACAUCCAGAACCUGAGGAGGAAGCUAGAGUCUCUUCUGGGACAGAGGGGACAACUGGAGUCAGAACUGCAGAGCAUGCAGCAAUACGUGGAGGAUUACAAAACCAAGUAUGAAGAAGAAAUCAACAGGCGCACCGCUGCGGAGAAUGAGUUUGUGGUGCUCAAGAAGGAUGUGGACUGUGCCUACAUGACUAAAGUAGAGUUGGAAACAAAGGUGCAAACUCUGACUGAUGAACUCAACUUCCUGAGGUGCUUCUACGAGGAGGAGCUGUCUCAGAUGCAGACCAUCAGCCGGGACUUGUCCGUGGUGGUGUCCAUGGAUAACAACCGGCACCUGGAUCUGGAGAGCAUCAUUGAGGAAGUCCGACGCCAGUACGAACAGAUUGCUCAGAGCAGCAGGGCUGAGGCUGAGGCUUGGUACCAGAGCCGGUACGAAGAGCUGCAGAGCACUGCUGGCAGGCAUGGGGACAGCCUCCGCAACACCAAGAUAGAGAUCCAAGAGCUGACCCGGAACAUCCAGAGGCUGCGGGCUGAAAUCGAGAAUGUGAAGAAGCAGAACCAGCAGCUGCAGGCAGCUAUUGCUGAGGCAGAGGAGCGGGGUGAGAUGGCCCUCAAGGAUGCUAGGAGGAAACUGGAAGAGCUGGAAAGUGCCCUGCAGAAAGACAAGGAGGAGCUGGCUCGCUUGUUGAAGGAAUACCAGGAGCUGCUGAACAUCAAGAUUGCCCUGGAUGUUGAGAUUGCCAUGUACAGGAAGCUGCUGGAGGGAGAGGAGAGCAGGCUGUGUGGAGAUAACCUGUCCAACGUAAAUGUCUCCGUGGUAGGCAGAACCACCAUUGUUGGAGGCCGAGCUGGAGGCUUUGGAGCCGGCAGUGGCAUGGGAGGAGGAGUAUGUGCAGUCGGAGGAGGAAGCUGUGGAGUGGGAGGAGGAAUUAUCAGUGGUGGCUUCUCUUCUGGAAGUGGAAGAGUGUGCAGCUCUGGAGGAGGUGGCAACUUCGGCUCCAGUGGGGGAUCCUCCUCUGUACGGAGAUGUGUCACAACCACCUCUGUCAAAUCUUCAGGUGUAAAAUACUGAGCCCUCAUCUCGGUCCUUCAAAGGAAAGCAGCAUCUCCCAUCUUUAGCCAGUGGUGCAGCCGCUCCAGUCCAGCGCCGGUAUCCAGCAAAGAAAUGAACUGUUCCCCUUACAGGUGACAGCUUCCUGAAAUCACCCUGCCUCCUCCCCAAAGGGAGCUUCAUAGUAAAACACUACCCUGUCGGCAGAGCCCGGCUCCUGUCUGAGCCCUUCCCGUCUCCAGGGAUGAAAUGUUUACAGCCCCAUUAAGAUAUAUCUCCCUUGCGGAUACCAGACACUGGAGAGUUCAUCCAAGGGCCCUGCCUCUCUUGCUGCCCGGUUCCUGCUGGCUGUUACGCCUUGGCUGCUGCGCUGGCUGAGUAGGAGGGUGUAUAAAGCCGCUCUUUCCUUUCCCUUCUUAAGUCUCCUUCUGAACGGCCGUGUUUUCCUUGCGACUUGUGCGUGUCCUGCACGUUGUCUACAUGCCUGUUUUAGCUAUAUGAGGAAUUUGUGUAAGCAGAAGAAAUGUUGUAAUGCCUCAUAGUCAGAGGUAGGAGUGAGGAACACCCAUCUGGAGACAGCCAUCUUCCCUGGGGGAGUAACUUGGCAGCUUUAAUAUUUUAGAGAUUCUUUUCCCUCUUCUCCUUUACACCUGACAUACGUAUGGUCGUAUUGAAAACCAGCCUGACGCAAUGCUUGCUUCAAAACCUUUCGUUACGUCAAUCUUAUUGCACUGUUGCUUUCUACCAAUGCCCCAUUUCCUCUGGAUUCUUUCGUCACCAAUAAACUGCAGAGAAUUCAAAUGA